AUGAACUACACCGUAUCAGACACUAAGAUAGCCACCUGCGAUUCCUUAAAGAAGGACAACAUUUUUCCAAAUAAAGAACCACAAGAUUUAAUGGGAUGUUUCUUUAAAGUCGUCGAUGGUCAAUUCACGUUGUUUCAAGCUGAAACUAUAGUGGAUGGAGAAGCUACGGUGUUAAAGGUGCCACAGAACAUGCUGACUGUCUACCAUGAAAUUUUGAUUCGAAAGAAUCUCACCAUCACAAAUAGUUUUCAAAAACUUAUGACUAGACUCGGGGAAGCUGGCAUAAGUGAUCGACUGUACCACGAAGGUUUGGGAAUAUUAACAGAAGCGAAAGUGCUUAUCGAUGGUCAAUUCACGUUGUUUCAAGCUGAAACUAUAGUGGAUGGAGAAGCUACGGUGUUAAAGGUGCCACAGAACAUGCUGACUGUCUACCAUGAAAUUUUGAUUCGAAAGAAUGUCACCAUCACAAAUAGUUUUCAAAAACUUAUGACUAGGCUCGGGGAAGCUGGCAUAAGUGAUCGACUGUACCACGAAGGUUUGGGAAUAUUAACAGAAGCGAAAGUGCUUAACGAUGCUCAAUUCACGUUGUUUCAAGCUGAAACUAUAGUGGAUGGAGAAGCUACGGUGUUAAAGGUGCCACAGAACAUGGUGACUGCCUACCAUGAAAUUUUGAUUCGAAAGAAUCUCACCAUCACAAAUAGUUUUCAAAAACUUAUGACUAGGCUCGGGGAAGCUGGCAUAAGUGAUCGACUGUACCACGAAGGUUUGGGAAUAUUAACAGAAGCGAAAGUGCUUAUCGAUGGUCAAUUCACGUUGUUUCAAGCUGAAACUAUAGUGGAUGGAGAAGCUACGGUGUUAAAGGUGCCACAGAACAUGCUGACUGUCUACCAUGAAAUUUUGAUUCGAAAGAAUCUCACCAUCACAAAUAGUUUUCAAAAACUUAUGACUAGACUCGGGGAAGCUGGCAUAAGCGAUCGACUGUACCACGAAGCUUUGGGAAUUUUAACAGAAGCGAAAGUGCUUAUCGAUGGUCAAUUCACGUUGUUUCAAGCUGAAACUAUAGUGGAUGGAGAAGCUACGGUGUUAAAGGUGCCACAGAACAUGCUGACUGUCUACCAUGAAAUUUUGAUUCGAAAGAAUGUCACCAUCACAAAUAGUUUUCAAAAACUUAUGACUAGGCUCGGGGAAGCUGGCAUAAGUGAUCGACUGUACCACGAAGGUUUGGGAAUAUUAACAGAAGCGAAAGUGCUUAGUCUAAGUCUAAAAAAUACCCUCAUGGACAUUGGCACCUCCAUAUUCUCUUGUAGCCAAGCCUACGUGGCGCUGUCACGAGUAACAAAUCUUCAUGGGGUGCACCUCAUAAAUGUUGAAUUCAAGAGUAUAAAAGCUCAAGCUUCAGCUAUCACAGAAUACAACCGGCUUAGGCACGAUGCUCAAUUCACGUUGUUUCAAGCUGAAACUAUAGUGGAUGGAGAAGCUACGGUGUUAAAGGUGCCACAGAACAUGGUGACUGCCUACCAUGAAAUUUUGAUUCGAAAGAAUCUCACCAUCACAAAUAGUUUUCAAAAACUUAUGACUAGGCUCGGGGAAGCUGGCAUAAGUGAUCGACUGUACCACGAAGGUUUGGGAAUAUUAACAGAAGCGAAAGUGCUUAUCGAUGGUCAAUUCACGUUGUUUCAAGCUGAAACUAUAGUGGAUGGAGAAGCUACGGUGUUAAAGGUGCCACAGAACAUGCUGACUGUCUACCAUGAAAUUUUGAUUCGAAAGAAUCUUACCAUCACAAAUAGUUUUCAAAAACUUAUGACUAGGCUCGGGGAAGCUGGCAUAACUGAUCGACUGUACCACGAAGCUUUGGGAAUUUUAACAGAAGCGAAAGUGCUUAUACACUCAAGAAUCAAUACAAUCACACCAGCAGUCCCCAUAGACAUUGUAACGGAGACUGUACAAGGAAAAUUCACAAUAAAGAGAACGCCAAUACUUCUCAUGAUACCAGACAAGGAGCCACUGUUCCGAAGACAACACCAGACGAAUACGCAACAAACAACAACGACAAUCCCAAAGCAGCUGUACUUGAAAUAUCACGCCAGUGAAUAUAUUCAGGACUAUGAUCAGCCAUUCAUUGCUCCCGUGAAACCACAAUACGAAGUGCCAAGUAUAAAUCAUGGCCAACAAUUGUUCCAUGGACAGAUGAUACCCUUAAUGAAGAAGGUGGUCGAUAUAAGAGCUUUCAAACCUCCUCGGCAUCGGGUACCUUUUACACCUCCAGAUCUGAUCGAAGUACCUGAACGGCACUGGCACUAUUCACAUGUCAAUUUCCAUCGACCAAAUCAUCCUUUGAUUCGCCUACAUGAUGACUGAGAAACGAUUGAUUUUAUUUAUCCAUUCUUUCAAUUAUAUGAAGGGUCAUUU